GGAGGAGGGGGACAGAAAGCAGAAAUCACUGGUGUGGAUCAGGGAACUGAGCAGCUUCUACCUUUUGCCGUCACUUUUGCAGGGCUUGCACUGUCAUAUUUCCCCUCGAUUCAUCUCUCGUCUCCCCAUGGUCGUGUGCGUUGGCCGGGGCCCAUGAGCCCUUCCUGUCUGGGUAGGAAGCCUGUGGUCACCGGUGAGCUCAGGCACAUGCACAUGGAGCAGAAGCAAGCCCUGUCUGUGCUCGGCAGCGCUGUGCAGGCUCCAGUGCUGAUGCCGUAGGGAUCACUGCUUUGCCACCUGCCUCCCACCUCGGCCGAGGAGCUGGUGCCCUUCUGCUGCACCUGAUUCACUGCUGCUGCCUCUGUCCUCCUCCUCACGAUGAGCCUGCUGGGAUGGUCCUGUGCCCCGAAGGGAGCUGUGAUCCUGGGAGCUGGAAGGAUGCAAAGGAAGGUGGGACACAGGACCCAAGGCCAUGCCCAUGUGGAGUGAGGAGCAGCUCUGCACCCACCCAUCACUGCGGACACCCUGUGGCCGUCGAGCCCCCCCUACGCUGCAGCCUCAGCCCAGCCAUGGACAGCGCAGAGGUGGAAUCGGACAUCCUGCGCCGCGUCCGCACGCUGCUGCGGGAGCUCGAUGGGCACCACCCCGCCUGCCAGUGCGACCGAGGGAUGCUGCGAUGGACCCUGCAUAAGAAAAUCGACCAGAACCCCAGUAACAGCUCUGUCCUGGUCAGGAUCCUGGUGAAGGAGCUGGAAAGGGCAGAGAGAGGUGACUUCAGGCAUUACAUCAUCCCCCUGCUGCACACGCUGAUGUACGCCUUGAUCAAGGCUCCCUGCAUCUCCGACGAGCUCUGUGGCAGAGUGUAUGACUUCUGCAAGAAGCUGCUCACCCUGCCCAAGCCUUUCUGCACCAUUGGCUUGGACUAUGCCGUCAGGCUGAAGAUGGAAAGGACAGCACCAGGAAUGUUGUACCAGAGAAUGGUCAUUUCCGAACAAAGCCUCAAAAGUGACCCAUAUCCUUAUCAGGAAAAGAUUUUCAUCUUUGCUGAUCCAGAGCUGCUCUCUGAAGCCAUCUGCAAUGCACUGGUCACCGACACGGAGGCAGCUCAGGUCUCGCAGAGCCCGCAGGCAUGCAUGUGCUACGUGAUCAUCCAUGCCAUGCAGGCAGCCCUGGGAGAGGGCUGCGACGUCAGUGGCUUGAAGGCGAGCCUCCAGGAUAUGCCCAGCACCGAUGUGGAGCACUGGUUCCAGCAAGUGGUGCUGGCAGUGGAGUGUGCAGGAAGCGAGUCUGGCACCGACCGCGGGCAGCACGCAGCGAGGCUGGAGAAGAUCCACCACAGCAUCCUCGGCUCCUCACAAGCAGGCAAUGCUCCCCUGGGAGGGAUGCAGGGUGCCCCUCUCCCCAACCCCAACAUCAGUUUUCACCUCUGGACUGAAGAUGACCAGCUCUGGAAGGAGUUGGUGCUGUUCAUCCGCCCGCUGUCGCAGAGCUGCGAGCCCGACUGCCUCAGCCAGGACCUGGACAGCUUCGAGAUCCAGGACAUCAUUUCGGGCUGCGAGCGCUGCGAGCAGAGCCGCUUCUCGGUGCUCUCCACUGACAGCGGCAUCGAGCGCGACCUGCCCGCGGCGGGCGAGGAGCCCCUCGCGCCCUGCAGCGGCGAAGCGGAGCUCUCCCGGCUCCACAGGAAGGGCGGCAUCAAGAAGAAGCCGUCGCCGCUGGAGAGCGUGGCCUUCCUGCAGGCUGGCUGCAACGGCCCCGCCGCAAAGCCCCCCGCGAAGCUGCAGAGGGGACCGGGCAGCCCCCCCGCGCCGGCAGCCCCGCUCCAGAGGCUGCACACUGCCCGCAUCCUGCUGCUGGGCGACGACCGCAUCCUGGGGCGCCUGGCGCAAGCCUACCACUCCUUGAGGAAGCGGGAGACACGGCGAGUUUUCCUGACUUCCAGGCUGAACCUGCAGUUCUACUACAUCCCGGUGGUGACGGGGCAGCCAAACACCUUGGAUGUUACGGACCACGCUGCCUCCGGCCAGGAGGAGCUCUGCGAGGUGGCUGGGUACCUGGGCAGAGCCGACCCGUGGUACGAGAGCAACAUCAACACUCUGUGCCACAUGAUUCCCAAGCUGGCCACCAUGCCUUCCUCACCGAGCAAGCAUCUUGUGACUGAUCUGUUCAUCACUGAUGUGAUCGCUUACUACGUUCGCAUGGGCAUCCAGCCCGUCUGCUUCCAGGUCUACUCUGUGAAGGUUUUCUUCAACGACCCGGCGCAGGAGCCAGCCGAGGACGUGUUCCUCACGGAGCUGCGCACCCAGGGCCAGGACAGCAUCUCCCACAGAGAGUCAAGCACGACCAAGAAGAAGACGACCCUGGAUGGCCCUGGCUUAGAUCUCACAGUAACAUACAAGAAGGUUGUGCUGAGUGAGCGGGUGAAGGAGCUCGCUAUGUCCCUGCGCUCCACAGGUCUGGUGAUGAAAGCCAUCCCUGCUGAAGAGGCUGAAGACCUGGUGUGUCUGAAUGUGACCAUCACUGAAAUUGUUCGGAUCAACAACUUGUCAGGACGAUCGUUCUCAGCUGUGGCAAACAGCUUGAAAACACGCAAUAUCAAAAUCAGGAGCACAGAGCAGAGGCCCUUCACCGUGUGUCUGGACAAGGACAGCAGAAGAACCUACAGGAACGUGAUCAGCGUGGAAGUGUCUCCUUGCCUAGAGCCCAGCUACUGCUUGCAAAAGACAAGGACAAUGAAAUACAACCUGCACGAAAAGGAAGAUGUGGGACUUGUGAAAUACAUGCCCAAAUCUCUGCUGCUGCCUAUCAACACAUUUGCGGGCGUCAUUCAAUGAAGGAAAAGCUGGUGUGAGAGAUGUGACGUUGGCUCAUCACAGAGGAGAUGGAAGACAAAAACACACUAAAGGCCACCAGCAGUGAUUUUACAGUGGUCAUGGUGUGAAACGCUGCAACAGCAGAGGUGGAUGGGGCUGUGCCCUGCUGAAUGGCAGCGAUGACCAGAGCUGGGAGCCCCUGCCAAGGGGCAGAGCGAGGCUGGAGAACUGAGUUUUAAUCUUUUGCACAAGACAAGGAAAACCUUUGAGCUGCUUCAUUUCAGGGAGC